UGUUGGAAUGGGCCCCAGGGUGGGCACAGCCAGCCCAGAGCCUUCUUGGGAUUAGAGUCAGGGUGGGGAGCCUGGGUGUAGGAGCUCGAUCCAGUGUCUGGAUCCAGUGUCCGGGGCCCAGGCCCUGCCCUGGCCACUCCAGGCCAGGAAGUCGAAACUGUGCCCAGAGGCUCCUCAGAGGAAGGGGGCAGCCUCAUUGGGCAGACUAGCCAGGGAAGGCUGGAGGGUGCUCAAGGAGGCAGGCGGAUGCGCUGCCAAUUCUUGGAAGGACUUAUUAACGAAAACCCCUGAGCCUGACCACCUGGAGGAAAGGCUCACCGUUCCCAUGUGUGAUAAGGGCCAGGAGAUUCCACAGGUCAGGUAGUUCCCCCGCCUCCCUGGCGUUUUGUGGUCACCAUUAAUCAUUUCCUCUAACUGUGUAUAUAAGAGCUCUUUUGCCAGUGAGCCCAGUGCUCAGAGAGAAAGGCUAAAGUCCUCAGGAGGAUGUGGCUGCAGAACCUGCUUUUCCUGGGCACUGUGGUCUGCAGCAUCUCUGCACCCACCAGUUCACCCAGCUCUGUCACUCGGCCCUGGCAACACGUGGAUGCCAUCAAGGAGGCCCUGAGCCUUCUGAACAACAGUAGUGAAAUAACUGCUGUGAUGAAUGAAGCAGUAGAAGUCGUCUCUGAAAUGUUUGACCCUGAGGAGCCGAAAUGCCUGCAGACUCACCUAAAGCUGUACGAGCAGGGCCUACGGGGCAGCCUCAUCAGCCUCAAGGAGCCUCUGAGAAUGAUGGCCAAUCAUUACAAGCAGCACUGCCCCCUUACUCUGGAAAUGCCCUGUGAAACCCAGACUAUCACCUUCAAAAAUUUCAAAGAGAAUCUGAAGGAUUUUCUGUUUAACAUCCCCUUUGACUGCUGGAAGCCAGUCUAGAAUUGAGGCAGGCCAGUCCAGCCAGGAGCCAGCCCUGAGAGUGCACCUCGAGAAUCACUGCCCUCGAACCUACGGAUUGCUGAAACUCAGGAUCUUCACUUUGGAGGGACCAUAGUGUGGGGCCUGGCCAUGGGGGGCGGGCGGGGCCAGACUCGCACUGGAACACGCUGCCCCUGAUAUGGGCUUGGUAUGGG